AUGCGCAUGGAAGGCGGCGGCGCCGGGCCGGCGGCAGCAGCAGCAGCAGGAGGAGCCCAUGGCCUCGGCGAGGCGCAGAUCAAGGGCACGCUCACCCACGGCGGCAGGUACGUGCAGUACAACGUCUACGGCAACCUCUUCGAGGUCUCCGCCAAGUACGUCCCGCCCAUCCGUCCCGUCGGCCGCGGCGCCUGCGGCAUCAUCUGUGCUGCUAUCAACGUGCAGACUCGCGAGGAGGUCGCCAUCAAGAAGAUCGGCAACGCGUUCGACAACCAGAUCGACGCCAAGCGCACUUUGCGAGAAGUGAAGCUGCUUCGACACAUGAAUCAUGAGAAUGUGAUUUCAAUCAAGGACAUCAUACGCCCGCCAAGGCGGGAGAAUUUUAACGAUGUUUACAUCGUUUACGAGCUGAUGGACACUGAUCUUCACCACCUUCUUAGAUCAAACCAGCCACUCACAGAUGAUCACUGUCAGUAUUUUCUCUACCAAGUGCUCAGAGGAUUAAAGUAUGUGCACUCAGCGAAUGUCUUGCACCGAGACCUUAGGCCGAGCAAUCUGUUACUGAAUGCCAAAUGUGACCUCAAGAUUGGGGACUUUGGGCUGGCGAGGACCACCACUGAGACUGACUUCAUGAUGGAGUAUGUUGUUACCCGGUGGUAUCGGGCGCCAGAGCUCCUUCUUAACUGCUCGGAGUACACCGGAGCUAUUGAUAUGUGGUCAGUCGGCUGCAUCCUUGGUGAGAUUGCAACAAGAGAGCCUCUGUUUCCUGGAAAAGAUUACGUUCAUCAGCUGAGGCUAAUUACCGAGCUGCUAGGCUCACCAGACGACACCAGCCUAGGGUUUCUUCGGAGCGAUAAUGCCCGCAGAUAUGUCAGGUCUCUUCCUCAAUACCCCAAGCAACAAUUUCGUUCACGGUUCCCAAAUAUGUCCAGUGGCGCCAUGGAUUUGCUUGAGAGGAUGCUUGUAUUUGAUCCAAACAAGAGGAUUACUGUUGACGAGGCUCUGUGCCAUCCCUACUUGGCAUCCCUUCAUGAGAUAAACGAUGAACCUGUCUGCCCAGCGCCUUUCAGCUUUGAUUUCGAGCAGCCAUCAUUUACCGAGGAAGAUAUCAAAGAACUCAUUUGGAGGGAAUCUGUCAAGUUCAACCCUGAACCGAUUCACUGA